AUGCAGCUUCCUCUCUUCAUCAAGGUGCUUCCUCUCUUGAUCAAGAUGCUUCCUCUCUUCAUCAAGAUGCUUCCUCUCUUCAACAAAGUGAUUCCUCUCUUCUUCAAAGUACUUCCUCUCUUGAUCAAGAUGCUUCCUCACUCCAUCAUGCAGCUUCCUCUCUUGAUCAAGGUGCUUCCUCUCUUGAUCAAG